AUGACUCGCGCUCCUCGUGCGAUCGACCUGAGUUUCCUCAGCGAGGAAGAAGCCAAGCAGAUCUUACAAGUGCUGGAACGAGACUUGCAGCUCCAGAGGGCAGAGAAGGAAAGGAUCAGCAAACUGCAUAAGAAAAAAGAAGAUGCUACGGGGCUUCCAGGAGUGACUGGAGAAUGGUUUGAAGAAAUACAGAAAAGAAAGUUCCAGAAAGCGGCUGAUACUGGCAGAAUGUUGAAACAACCGCUAGCUCACAGACUGAGGAAAGCUAUAGGGAAUGAUUCUACAAAUGCAAAACCUUCAUCACCCCAGAUUCCACAUGCUCAGAAGCGUGGAUCACCUUCCAUCCUGGGGGGGCUCCGAACCCCUUUGGCUUCUCUCUUCUCCUUCAGGAAAUCCAAGAGGCAGCAUUCCAAGUCUCAGCAGCAGCAUACUCCACGAUAUGACUGCUUUGCUACUGUUGCUCAUACAUCUUCCAUAGUGGAAAAAAUGGCAAAGACAGAAACACAUGACUCCCCUUUGCCUGCUGAACCAGCAAAUAAGUGUUUUGAUGCAAGCCAUUCUGAGACUAUGGAGGACAACACCUGUACGUGGAAUGAGGAGCUGGAAAAAGAGCUCUUACGAGUUUUGGGCAGUCUUGAUGAUCAGCUGGCACAGGAGCAAUGUCAAAAUGCUGUGAAGAGGAGGACUCCGACUGACUAUGGCUCCAGAGCAUUGGAAGCCAGUCAUUAUCCCAGUGCAUCCCAAGCCAAUCUCCUUGGAGGAUUGCAGAGAAAUGACCGGAGCAUGUUUUUGUCAAAUGGAAAGAGAACAUUGAGAGCCAAAGAAUACAGAACACCCUUCAGACCAAGAGUGUUUUAUGAUACAUACCUAAAAGGGCGCUCUACAGAAGACUACACCUCUGGAGAUCCUUACAGUGCAAGGCGGCCCUCCUUGAAGAGAGGGUAUUCUGCUCAUUCUCUUGGACAUUCCUCAGCAGGAAGCUUGCAGUUUCCUUCAGGACCACACAAUAGUGGAUUUGGGCGCAAGGACUUCAUGCCCAGUAAUACUUUUAGUAGAAGCCGUUCUUUCUCUUGUCUUGAACGUCAUGAGUCUUUGACAGCUAGCCUGCAGCAUUCUUUGGAAAGCAACAGGGACUUCACAGAAUGGAACUACUGUCACCAGCCCAGGCGGGCUCCCUUAUCAUCUGUUGUAUGGAACACACCGGAGUCUGCUGAAUGUCUACUAUAUCCAGACAGUCUUCUUAGGACACAGUCAUUAAUGGAGUUUGACCCAAUGUUUCAAGAUAUGAAUCCAUAUUGUCCACAGGAGAAUACUAGGUAUGGACUUUAUAGAUCAAAAAUUAAUUUCAGAAGAGCAGUGCCGUGUACACCUCCUUUCAUAUUUGCUGACAGACCCACAGACCCUCUGUAUUUUGAUAAUUGGGAGAAUUAUUUAUCACAUCAGCUGGAAAGGAACAGUUUGAAACCCUUCCACAGGUACUCAUCAUUUCGCGGCAGGGUGAAACGCAAGAGUUUUCCUUCUGGAAGAACAGAUGAGCAGCCUUUUUGGCCCAGUGCCCACCAGUGUAGCAGUGAUGAAGUCCUGCCUCCCUUUGAUAAAGACUCUAAAAGGAUCCCAGCUAAUCUGAUGAAUUGGCAGUGUGCCCAUGCAAAACAGCACAGAUUUCAGCAAUGUGAGAGUGGUGCUCAAAGCCAUUUAUCAGAGUCCAUGAGUAGCAUGGAACAUCCAGAAGAAGUAACAAACAAAUUGCUUUUAAAGCAUGCAGAGGGUAUUCAGAGGAUCUCAGGAUCUGGAUUAUCUGAUCCUAAGUGCCAAACAGAAUAUGCAGUACAAAGACAAAAUCUAUUACAUGGAGCCAGCCAAAAUUCCUCCAAUAUUUUUGCUAAACAUUCUCAAGCAGAGAAAAACUUUGAAAUAUUUGCCUCAGAAGAGGUGAGGGGCACUGACCAAUUAGGUAAGAUGGACAGGGGAGACAUUAAAGGAGGGACAUUAAGACGAGUUUCUGGACAGGUGUAUAGAAAUACUCCAACCAUAUCUCAGAUGCUUCCUGCCAUGACCUCUUUUGCAGCUGACCCACAGGACAGUGUAUCUCUUAAGCCACCUCUCUCACUGAGUUCAAAAAUGCUGACCAAACCAACUCCAGUAAAAGAUAUUGAAAACACUCCUUUUUCAAGCAUUCAGAACAGAAAUAGACAAAAAGAUGAAUUUGACUGCACCGCAAACAGUGACCUUGAUCACACACCUUCCCCUCGGUCAACGACUAAUAGCGCAAGGACACCGAUUCGUCAACGAUCUCAUCAACAGGGACACCAGUCAGAAUCCUUGAGAGCUUUUACAGCAAGAAAGGCACCCGUUAAUACUUGUUCACCUAUUUUCGGCACAGGGUCUGACAUACCUGCAAAGGGUGAACUAUCAGAUUCUUGUACUAAAAACAUCCACAGUGAUGAUAGAUUUGUUAGACAUGCAACUAGCAACAGCAUCAGUGGCUGUCCUAGUAGCAGCCCUCCUAAGUCUUCUGUAACUUAUUACAGAAAAGCAGCCAGUAUUGGUGGCACGGUUAUAUCAGAGAAACCUGUAUCUCGCCCUCCAAGGCAGUUCUCAUUCAAAAACUGGCUAACAGGGGGAGAAGACUCAGAAACACUUGCAUCAGAUAGAAUAGAAAACAGUUACUCAAAUCAGGAAGAUAAAAGCUCUUCACUAAUUCUAGCCUCUUCAUCCCUAAGCACGUCUUCCAAAGAUAUCACUUCUGAUCCACCCCCACAAGCUAAAGACUACUAUCAAGACUCUUCCCAUGCUACUAAUACAACUGUCAGCACUUCAGAAAAAGUUCCCGUUAUAUGCAACCCAGACAAAACUGAAAUUUCUAUGCCUUCUGAGUGUGAGGAAACAGAUGCAGGGAAUUCUUUAAAGCAAUACAAAACCACUAGCACCCUUACAGUUAAUAUAGAGGAAGAUCAUGUAGAAUACCAUGAACUGAUUUCAGUUUAUUAUACCUUACCAAGGAAACGUUCAAGGAUGUUGUGCAACCUCUUUCUAGAUGAUAACAAGAAGGACUUGGAUUCUUCCCCAGUCACAGAGAAAUUUCAGCCCUCUCAAAAGACAUAUGAAGUGCGUGUUAAGUUAGGAACUGUAGCUUUUCCUUCCAGCUUAGAAAAGGCUGAUUCCUCUGGCGAAGUGGCUGCCACUCCUGAGCAGAACUCAAACACUUCAGAUGAAGGUAAUAGUGGAAGUCCCAGUGUACUAAAUCCUAUAGUGGAGCGCUCACAGGCUUCCUGUUCACCAAGUGUGGUACAUAAUAAAGAAGCAGCCAAGAGAAUGCCAAGAGAAGCACCAGCACUUGCUUUUCCUGACAGAGUAACAUCAGAUGGUCCUCUGGGUAUCCCCAAGCUCAGUGCAACAGGGGAUAAAACCACUAAUGACACACUGGUGCGUGUGCAUACUGCCGGGUGCUCUUCUCCACUGAAGGAACAGUCAGCUGACACACCAUUAAACCUCAACUCACUGAGCUCUGCAAAUGCCACUAUCUCCUUGUGCAAUCUUCCGGUGACUCCUUCUACAAUGAACACUAAAGAAGAAAACUCUCUAUGCUGUCAGCCAUCUACUGAAUCAACAGCGAACAACAAUCCACAUAUUCUACCUUCCUGUUCGAUUGGUAAUAACCAGGAAAGAAAGUGCACAACAGAUGCAAAAAUUAGUACUGCAGAAAAUGUUGUCAAACAGCAGAUUAGUGCAGAGGUCAAUGAAAGGUCAUGUCGAAAGUGCCAUGUUAUUUUCAUAAAGGGAAAUGGGUUGCAACCAAGAAAUGAAAGUGUCAGAAAUAGCACCGAUCGAGCCUUCAUUUCAGAGAUCAAGGUGCAUUCAGAUUCCCAGAACCAAACACCACAAGCAGAUGCAGGUUCCAUAGUUAAUUCAUUAAAUCAGUCAAAUAAAAGUGCUUCGGAGUGUGGAAAAACUGAACAAGAAGAGAUUAAUCCUAAUUUGUCACUAUACAACAUUUGCAGAGAUUCACAAAGACCUGUGAGAACUUCUAUAGAUAACCAGAAACUUAGCUCUAAAGAUGACCUCACAACUACCAGGCAGGAACUUCCAGACCAUUCAGCAACUGAAAACAAACUUAAUUUGGACUGUACUGAAGAUAAAGCUAGUGACACAGAGAAAAGAAAAGGCAGGUCUUCAAUUAAAAACAAAUUGGCAGCCAUGUACAAAAUAAGCAGAAAGUUUUCUAGCAAGAAAAGCGUGAAUACCAAGCCACACGUAAGGAACAUAUUUUCACAGAAUGAAGCUCCUUCUCUAGAGAUAAGCAAGUCUCACAAUAUGCUGAUUUCUCCUCAAAUUCCACGGUCAUUCCUGCAAAUAGGGAAUGAGAACCAGAAUCAGAACUCUCAAUCUGAUGGAUUUGAAGGUACAGUGCAUGACAAAGCUGAUAAAAAAUCACAAACUAACAGAACUCCUCCACUGCAUGCCAAUGAGAUCAGGAGACCUUUUACAAACCUGUGCAACCAGAAAAGGGACUGUUCCACUUCCAAACAAAAUGGGGGCAUGCAGAAUCCUGCUAUCUUAUUUCCUAAAGACACUGUGCCCAAGCUAAGCAGUAAUUCCCACGUAUAUGAUAAAAGUAUAGAAAAUUACCCCACCUUUUCCAGAACUGAAAAUGCAGAUGCGAACCAGAAGAAAAAAGAUGGUAAUUUUGGUGAGCCUUUGUGUUUCCCAGUUUCAUCCAAAACUAAUUCAAACCUUAUUAAAAACUAUUCCAAGUCAAAUAUCCAUUUGCUACAAAAUGCGAUUUCCUCUACAGAAUGUGACCAGCAUCAAAAUAUCAAGCAGUCAAACAGGUUAAAAAAUCCCAACCUACCUUGUGUUGACACUGUUCUGAAUCCCAGCAAAAUACGUGAAAGACACUUUUCUGAAACGACCUUUUCACAAGAACCCCACAAACACUUAGCCUCUGGGAACAGCUUGAUACGUGAUGGUGGUAGAUACAGUCGGAAGUUUAAAUCCUAUUCAGAAUUGUUGAUAUGUGAUGAAAAUGAGAACUGGGAUGCCUGUGAUGGCAGUAGUAAGACCUUUGGUUCUAGACGCAUUGUUUACCCCUCUGUUGAUUUUGGCAUUUUUGGGAAAGAACAACAACAGGCUUUCUUAGAUAAUAUAAAGAGGUCACUCACAGAAGGAAGGCUGUGGAGGCCAUAUCUUCUUAAGGACUCUAGUCUUAUGAGAAAGCAAAGGGGUUAUUCGUUAAGCACAUCUGUCCAGUUGGGCUCAAGUUUUGGUGAAGGAAACGUUUCACAAGAAGGCUCAUCCCCAAGUGAGCCAGCUGACAUACAUAAAGACCCUGCUCAUUAUUCAGAUGAGGACUCUGACACGACCACAGAUGAUGAAUACUACCUGAAUGAGAAUGAUAAAGAGUCAGAACUUUAA